GCGGAUAGCUGUGUACGGACCAGACGCGUGCACCGCGUAAGCUGGAGACCAGCCCCGCGGGGAGGCACCCGCUGUGUGGGGAGCCAGGAAAGACUCCUCGCAGAAGUUAUCCAUUGGUUAAGGAGCCUCAGAAGAUGGCAGAAGCAAUAUUCCACGCCCCAAAAAGGAAAAGACGAGUUUAUGAGAGUUAUGAAUCACCAUUCCCCAUCCCGUUCUGUCAGGAGGUUACACUUCAAAGAGAUUUCAAAGUAUACCGUGCUGAAAUUAUCAACAAUAAUGUAAUCGUAAGGAAUGCAGAGGCUAUUAAACAGUUGUAUGGUAAGGGUUAUUUUGGAAAAGGUGUUUUGUCAAGAAGUCGACCAGACUUUAGUAUUUCAGAUCCUGCACUGAUUGCCAAAUGGAAAGAUGCUAAGCUGGGCAUGCCUAUACUUACAUCAGAGAGGUACCAGCGUGGGGUAACAUGGGCUGCAAAUCUCAUGCAAAGACAAGGGCAGGAGGAAAGCUCAGUUCACAAAAUUCUUGAGGAUUAUACAAAACCACUUGAAUUUCCUUUUGUGAAAAGAAAUAAAGAAGAUCAACAAAAUAAUGGACUUAGCCGUAAGUUGGAUCCAGAAAUAGAAAAUGUAGAGCAUAAAGCAGAACUUUUAGUCACAAAUGGAGAUUCUGUCAAGCCAGAUAGUGAAAAUGAGAGCCAAAACUCUGGAUCCGAGAACACGGACUCGAAGGAGCGCUCUGUACGUGAUCCAUUAGCUAAACAUGGCUCUGGUAAACCAAAGGCAAGGGACAGUGAUGCUUUUGGUCAGGCACACUAUCUCACACACGGAGAUUUCGUCUCACUGGACUGUCAGCCUGAAGACUGUGCCCAACAGAAGCCUCUGAUGUUUGCUACAGACGGAGAGUGUGAGCAUGAGUAUGUGCUUGUUCAAGAAACAGCAAAUUGUUUAGACGAUGAAGAGGAAACAGCAGGUGAGAAAGUGAUCAAAAGAGAAAAGCUAGUGUGCAGAAGAAAUCCAUACAGGAUCUUUGAGUACUUACAACUCAGCCUAGAAGAGGCAUUUUUCUUGGUCUAUGCUUUAGGGUGUUUAAAUAUUUACUAUGAGGAGGAGCCUUUAACAAUAUUAAAACUCUGGGAAGCUUUUCAUCUAGUUCAACCCACAUUCAGAACAACAUACAUGGCAUACCACUACUUCCGAAGUAAGGGAUGGGUGCCCAAAGUGGGACUCAAGUAUGGAACAGAUUUCUUGCUUUACCGAAAAGGCCCGCCUUUUUACCAUGCAAGUUAUUCUGUCAUUAUUGAGUUGGUUAAUGACAGUUUUGAAGGCUCACUUCGGAGACCUUUCAGCUGGAAGUCAUUGGCCGGGUUAAACAGAAUUACAGCUAAUGUCUCCAAGGAGCUUCUGUUAUGCUAUUUGAUUAGACCAUCUAAUAUGACUGACAAGGAAAUGGAGUCACCAGAAUGUCUGAAAAGAAUGCAAGUUCAGGAAGUAAUCCUGAGUCGUUGGGUUUCUUCUCGAGAGCGAAGUGACCAAGAGGAAAUUUAACACACAAGCCAAAAAUACAAAUUCCUAAUUCACUAACAAGUAUUUACUGAAUACCAAUUAUGUGCCCAGGCCUGGGCAAGGUAAAAAUAACAGAUCCUUUGCCUCCAA